AAAAAGAACUGUUGUAAUGAGGUGCCUUUUUAUACUUGUCCUUAUAUUGGGCAGAAUCGCUGAUUCUUGCAGUGGGACGUUCCCUUUACAAUUCGACCUUUACUUUCUCCGGCGAAUGAUCGUCUAAUUUUAUUGCCGGAGGUGAAAUUGUGCAAUUUUUGAGCUCUAUCUUCCAAUUUAUUGCUGGAUACUCCUGAGUUAUCAGAUCAGGUUUUAUAUUCAUCUUCAGAAGCAAGAGCGGGAGGGGUGUAUACUCGUGUCUGAUACCGAGUCUCCUAAAGUAUCUGUUAUUUGGCAUUGAGGUAAGUUAAGCAAGAAACUGAAGUGUGUUCUAAGCUGAUCGAAAACUCAACUAGGAAAAGGUACUGUACAAGGUGGAGCAAUGAGAAAACCGAGAAAUGAUUUGGCAGGAAAGUCUGUUAAAGCGACAAUAUCAAGUUGUGCCAAAGAAAUGGCUAGUAAUAACGUGUCAAGUAGAGUUCUUCGCAAACGGAAGCCUAAGGAGGAGUUACCUGAGAAGAGGACGAAAUCUAAAGUAACGCGUGAAAAGUGUAAUAAUGAUCAUGAUGGUGGUGUUGGAGACGAGAUGAAAGUGUACAAAACCGACAAUAGAGUUAAAACAAGAGCAUCAAUUGGUAUUGACGAAGGAAAAUCAACUUCUUCUCAAAAAGAUGUUUUUGAUAAGGGAGACGAAGAACCUUCUUUCCCCCCCAAACCGGAAUUGGAAGUAACACUACCUCCUUUAGGUCCCAAUGCUUCAAAUCAACGUGAUAUACGUAACAGAGUUAGAGAAACCCUCCGCUUGUUCCAUUCUAUUUGUAGGAAGUUGUUGCAAGAGGAAGAAGCAAAAUCAACUGGGAAUUUGCGAAGAGUUGACCUUUUAGCUGCAGAAGUCAUAAAAGAGAAAAAGAAAGAAGUUAACACAGAAUCUCGUAUUGUAGGAUCUGUACCUGGAAUUGAAGUAGGCACAGAAUUUCAAUACAGAGUGGAGCUUGUGCUUGUAGGUGUUCAUCAUCUCUAUCAGGCUGGUAUUGCUUACACUAGGAGCAAUGGAAAGAUAAUCGCGACAAGUAUUGUAGCAUCAGGUGGAUAUGCUGACACUUUGGACAAUCCUGAUAUUCUCAUAUAUUCUGGUCAGGGAGGUCAUCUUCCUGGUAAAAAUAAAGCCCCUGAAGAUCAAAAGCUAGAACGAGGAAAUUUAGCUCUAUUCAAUAGUAUUUCAGAAAAAAAUUCAGUUCGGGUCAUCCAUGGAACCAAGGAAACAAUCAAACCAAAAUCCAAACUGAACUCCAAAUCCAGGCCAAAGAUAACAACCACAUACACCUAUGAUGGUUUAUAUCUGGUGGAAAAGUAUUGGCAAGAGAUUGGUCCUCAUGAUAAACUGGUAUACAAGUUUGAGCUGAGGAGAAUUCCAGGACAGCCAGAUAUUGCAUGGAAAGAAGUGAAGAAAAUCAAGAAAUUUAAAGUAAGGGAAGGUGUGUGUGAAGAUGAUAUAUCGCAAGGGAAAGAAUUAUUUCCCUUUUGUGCUGUGAAUACAGUAGAUAACGAGAAACCUCCAGGAUUCACUUACAUAACGAAAAUGCGAUAUCCUGAUUCAUACGACUCUGUUCCUCCAAAGGGUUGUGAUUGUACAGAUGGAUGUGUGGAUUCCCGCAAAUGCUUGUGUGUAGUAAUGAAUGGGGGAGAGAUUCCGUUUAACUAUAAUGGGGCGAUUGUUGAAGCGAAAUCUGUUGUGUAUGAAUGUGGUCCUUCGUGCAUGUGUCCUCCAUCUUGCCACAACAGGGUGAGUCAGCAUGGGACAAAGAUACAGCUUGAAAUAUUCAAAACAGAGUCUAGAGGUUGGGGGGUUAGGUCAUUGAAUUCAAUAUCUUCAGGGAGUUUUGUAUGUGAGUAUAUGGGUGAGCUUAUAGAAGAUAAGGAAGCGGAAAAAAGAAAGAAUGACGAGUAUUUGUUUGAUAUUGGAGAGAAGUCUGGUACCGGUGGCGGCGGUUACACAAUUGAUGCAGCUGAGUUUGGAAAUGUUGGUCGUUUUAUAAACCACAGCUGUAGUCCAAAUUUAUAUGCUCAAAAUGUGGUGUAUGAUAAUGAAGACGAGAGAAAGCCUCACAUAAUGUUCUUUGCAGCUGAGAAUAUUCCUCCUUUGCAGGAACUGAGUUACGACUAUAACUAUGCUGUUGAUAGUGUGCUUGAUUCGUCUGGAAAUAUUAAAAAGAAAAACUGUUAUUGCGGAACUGCAGACUGUACUGGAAGAAUGUAUUAACCAUUUGUUACUGCUGCUGCUGCAUAUGAUCAAGUUAAUGUUGUAUUCUCAACUUGUUUCUGGUUACUCAAUCGGCAGGUGUUUGGGACUUGGAAGCACUCAUCAUUUUCCUUCAUAGAUGAAAAAUGUUUCUAAGUUGAACCUUAGGUUAAAAAAAUGUUUGUGAAAGGAAGGCAAUUUUCUAUAAUGUAAACAACUUAUGUUUCAUCAUC